UCCAAGACCUUGACAUCGUUGUCGUCACCAUCAUCAUCUCUGUUGUUGCAGCACUCAUGUGCGGCCCCAUAACAGAGGACCUCGAAUAUGUAUUCAAGAAGUUCGAUGCAAACGGCGACGGCAAAAUCUCCUCUUCGGAACUAGGCUCCAUCAUGAAGAGCCUUGGCCAACCCGCCACCGAAGAAGAGGUCAAGAGGAUGAUUCAAGAGGUUGACGCCAACGGUGACGGCCACAUCAACUUAGGUGAGUUCUUGGAAUUGAACACCAAGGGCGUGGACCCCGACGAGGUUUUGGAGAAUCUGAAGGACGCUUUUUCCAUCUUCGACGUCGACGGUAAUGGGUUGAUUACCGCCCAAGAACUUAACAUGGUCAUGGCGAGCCUUGGAGAUGCCUGUUCCAUUGACGAGUGCCAGAAGAUGAUCGCCGGCGUCGACGGCAACGGAGACGGCAUGAUCAAUUUCGAAGAGUUUCAGUUGAUGAUGACCGGAAACGGAAACGGGAACAUGAACAAAUAAAUAACUACGUCAAAAAGGUACUUUAUUGUUAUCAUGCACUCCUCUCCUAUUAUUCUCUAGCUUCUUUUCUCUUUCCCGUUAACAAAUUAGGGUUUCAAGAAUUAAUGGUGUACGCACGCAUUAGGUUUUCAAGGAUUGAUGUUGUAAUUCACUUUCUUAUCUUGUUUACGGGAAAGGAAAGGCGAGUAUAGAUUUCCAAGUUUCUGGAUCCGAUUUCUUUGAUG